UUUCGGCUUCCAUGGUUCCUUUCAGUGGUUCAAAUGCCUCACCAUUGGAGUCAUGGCUCGCAAGGUAUCCCACAAAGAUGUCCUACUUUCCCCUAUAAAUCCCAGCAUCCCGGCGCGAGUCGAACCAGAAGAAGCACGUUGGAAUUUUCCUCACAGACUCAAUCUCUUUCACCAUGUCGUUCAAUCCCAACAACGUCGAUCUCGAUACCGCGGACCCGGCAGAAAUCAUCUGUUACCUCAAUGCCUCAGAAAACGACUACGAUGGGCGCUUAGGCGCUCGUGUAUCGGCAAUCUUUGUGAUUCUGAUCAUCUCAAGCGCUGUUACAUUCUUCCCGGUGCUGGCCAAACGAGUUCCUCGCCUUCACAUCCCUCUAUACGUCUACCUCUUCGCACGGUACUUCGGUGCAGGUGUCAUUGUGGCGACGGCCUUUAUCCAUCUCUUGGAUCCCGCGUAUGAUGAAAUAGGACCGGCAUCUUGCGUCGGCAUGACCGGCCACUGGGGGGACUAUUCUUGGUGCCCAGCCAUCGUCCUUGCCUCUCUCAUCGCAAUCUUCCUUCUCGACUUUGGGGCGGAGCGAUAUGUGGAGGUCAAGUACGGAAUCUGUCGUGAGGACCCGGAGCCUAUCAUGACCAGCAUAACGGACAACACCUCGCGUACUGCCGCUGUGGCUAACCAAGCCCCUGUGGAGAAGGAAGCACAGCUUGAAUCGCAAUCUGUCAAUGACUCGCUGACGGAGAGAUCAUUCAAGCAGCAGAUUGCUGCUUUCCUAAUCCUUGAGUUCGGUGUCAUCUUCCACUCGGUCAUUAUCGGCUUGAAUCUCGGUGUUACCGGUGAAGAAUUUUCCACUCUGUACCCAGUCCUAGUCUUCCACCAGUCUUUUGAGGGAUUAGGUAUUGGUGCCCGCAUGUCAGCGAUUCCCUUCCGCAAAGGCAGCUGGUUGCCCUGGAUUCUGUGCACGCUUUAUGGUUUGACAACACCAAUUUCCAUCGCAAUCGGACUCGGAGUCAGAACCACCUACAACGCAGGCUCCUUUACCGCCAAUGUGGUCUCGGGGGUUCUGGACGCCAUCUCUGCUGGUAUCCUUAUCUACACGGGGUUGGUCGAAUUGCUGGCUCGCGAUUUUCUCUUCGAUCCCCAUCGUACUCAGGACAACAAGCGACUGGCGUUCAUGGUGAUUUCAAUGCUUUGGGGAGUGGGUUUGAUGGCACUCCUUGGCAAGUGGGCCUAGAAAAUGUAUCGCAUUGUGGCGCAGGAAAUCGGUUCUGCAUUGUCCAGAUGCCCAGUCUCGAGGUCUUCCUUCUGUGGCUGUGCAGUUACUCUGCAUUUUCCAUCAGGUUAUCGUGUUUUAGAAUCUCAAGUGUCUGAUUUAAUACUCUUAUUUUGCCUGCCCUUGCCUUGGCGUGGUGGCUAAC